GUCUGUCCCUGUCCACAAGUUCAGUGUCAAUCCCUCCACCUACAAUGGAUGCAUCAGUGGUCUACGCUGACUUAAACCAAGCCAGGACCCAAGAGCCUAAGCAUGCAUCCCCUCCACAUCCUCCCCCAGACUGCUGCUGGUUCCCACGCCGGCAUCGGUUGGCUCUGAAACUCGGCUGUGUUGGGCUGAUCCUUCUUGUCCUGAUUGUGAUUAAACUCAGUGUUUUAGUGUUAGUACAAAAAACACAACUAGGAAAAGGCAUUCAAGAGAACAACACAAAAGCAUCAGUCGAAAAAUGCAAUGUGAACGUUUCAGAGAUCAGUACAAAAACAACAGAGAGUCCAGUUCAGCUAAAGUGCCCCAAAGACUGGCUGCCACACCGAGAUAAAUGCAUACAGUUUUCUCAAGAGAAUGGUGUUUGGAAGGAUGGUCUAUCUAACUGUACUAGCAAAGGAGCCACUUUGCUGCUCAUUCACGAUCAAGAAGAACUGAGAUUCAUAAAGGAUUCAAUAGAGGGAAAAGGCAAUUCAUUUUGGAUUGGACUAAAUUACUCAUUGCCAGACAAGAACUGGAGAUGGAUAAACGGCUCCACUGUAAGCUCUGAUGUAUUGAAAAUUACUGGUGAAACUAAAAUAAACAGCUGUGUUGUCGUCUCAAAGGACAACGUGAUUUCUGAGGGCUGUGAUUCAGACAACAGGUGGAUCUGCCAGAAGGAACAAAAACAUCUCUGAAACCUUGUGUAAAUGACUCCUG